AUGGCUGACUCAGAUCGUUCUUCCACUGAAAUUUCUACAGAUUCCUCUGGGAAUCGUGGCUCUUCAAAAGUUGAAUUUUCUGAAGAUGAGGAAACUCUUAUCAUCAGAAUGUAUAAACUGGUUGGGGAGAGGUGGUCUUUAAUUGCUGGGAGAAUUCCUGGAAGAACAGCAGAGGAAAUAGAGAAGUAUUGGACUUCGAGAUUCUCGAGCAUAAUGGGCAGGAACAAGUGGCGUGAGUUGAAGCAUCACUACAACGUUGCCGAGAUUGAGGUCCCAGAGCCUCAAGAGGAGGACGUGGCCCCCCUGAAGACGAACAGGAAAAGAAAGAGGGGAGAGAAAGAGGUCGGGGGGACCUCUGCGCCUCGAGAGGCCGAGGAGGUGACCUCCAAGGCUGCUGACGCAAAUGCAGUGGACCUUACCAGGAGUCUGCCGCCUGAGGGAGCUCCUGGAGUGGUCUCCGAAAAGGCUGCUCGGGCUGCCGAGCAG